CCACCUUUGCUGAAAAAAAAAACAUUUUAAAAGAUUAGAAAAAAAAAAUUAUUUAAUUAACAAUAUAAAUAUUAAUAAUAUGUAAAUAUAAUUACCGCAAAACAUUUAAACCACGUCGUCUUGACGUGAUCGGGAGUCAUGGUCCAGUUGGGAUAAGGGCCGUCAUAAUAUCCCUUCAUCGUCUCUGAAAUGCUCCGGCUAACACGGUUGUUAGCCCCAAACCUGCAAAUAUAACAAAUUUGUUAAAAAAAUUGAUCAAAGAUUUUAAAUUUUAAAUUAAUAAUUUUAUGUACUUACCAAUAAGUACCCGGGGGUCUAUCGGGGUCCAGAACGUGUAAACCCUCUCGUCCGGGCUGGGCAAGCAAAUCCUCGACGGUGUAUCUUGCGAAUGGUGCAUGAGCUGGCACCCGCAAAUCGGGAUGAACUGAAGCCGGUGGGGCAGGCUGAUCCGGGGCGACAGGUGGAGCUGGUGGGGGAGGCAUCUGAGAUGGAAGAGGAGGAGGGGUCGAAGAAACUCUCCGAGAUGUGUGAGAGUCCGGAACUGUCCCGGAAGAAGACGAUGGACCGCUAGAGGAAGAUCCAUCGCCAAACAAAUCCGCAUACGUAGGUGCAGGAGCUGCUAGUCUCGGUCUAGGAGCCAUCUAGAAAAUUUAAAAAAAUUAAAUUAAUAUAUAUCCUAAACGAAUUGUUUAAAAUAAUUUUCUAAACUAAUCAUCUAAACUAAUUCCGUUAACUAAUCACCUAAACUAAUUCCCUAAACUAAUCACCUAAACUAACCACCUAAACUAUAAAAAAAAAAAAAAAGAUAGAGAGAGAAAGUUACCUUAGAGGGGGAGAGGAGUUAGGGAGGAAGAUACGAGCAGUGCUCGUAUGAAAGACUUCUCCCAUAUAUAUAAAAACGGUUUCCUCGUAACUUCGUCGUAAUGUUACGAGGAAGUUACCAGACCCGUGUUUUCGUUUACGACGAAGUUACCAGGCCCGUCACUACAAGAAAACACGGACAAUACUGACGGAAAAACCGACCGAAAAAAAUCUGUCAGGAUUUUCCAACGGAAUUCCGACGAAAACUUGUCGGAAAUAUAUUUCGGUAAAUUCGUCGGAACUGCGUCGGAAAAUCCUGACAGAAUACAUUCGUCGGUAUUUCGUCAUACGAUCCCGACAGAAAACCGACAAAAAACUGACAAAUAUAUGACCGUUGCAAAAAAUUGACACAUACCGACGAAAUACCGACGGCAUACCGACCAUGAAAGAAUUCGGUCAUAAUUCCGUCGGUUUUUCCGACGGAAUACCGACGGAUUGAACAGCCGUUAUACUUCCCGACUGAAAACCGACGAAUUUGCAACCGUUGCACUUCCCGACGAAAUACCGACGGAUUAUGUAGCCGUUAGUAUCCGUUUAAAUUACCGACGGAACGCCGACGGGUUUAGGACGUUAAUUUAGCCGUUAUGAUUCCCGACGGAAUACCGACGAAUAUUUUCCGUCGGAAAGAUUUCCAAUUCAUUAUAAAUACGACCUCUCCUUCAUUCAUUGAAAUCACAACAAAACAAUAUAAAUUAUGGGUACUCCUUAUAAUUUCCGUUCUUGGUUAGAUCAACCUCAUAUGGAUCCAAAUACAAAUUUACUUACGGAGGAAUACGCACGUGGUAUUCAAGAAUUCAUGGGGGUGGUUCAAAGUCAACCGGAAGCAAGAACAAGUAAGUAUUUAUUAUGUCCAUGUUCUACUUGUAAGAAUAAUAUCCGUGUCAAAAAAAUGGAAGUAUGGAGUCAUUUAUAUUUGAAAGGAUUUACACGUGGUUAUAAGAUUUGGUAUCUUCAUGGAGAAAGAUUUGAGUAUGGUAGUAGUAGCGAACCUCAAACUGCCGAUAGGUUAGAUGAACCUACCACGGAUGUAGAUUUUGGGAUAGGGACUGUUCAGAUGGUAUAUGAUGCAUAUGGAGAAAAUUUACCGUCGGGUGAAGAGGAAGGAGAUAGACAAGAACAACCCAAUGUAGAAAAUUUCCCAUGUGAAGAGGAAGGCGAACGAGAACAACCCAAUCUAGAAGCCAGAAGAUUUUUUGAAAUGUUAGAUGCAGCUAAGCAGCCAUUGUAUCAAGGAUGUAAAGAUGGGCAUUCACCUUUAUCAUCCGCAAGUCGAUUGAUGGCGCUAAAGACUGACUAUAAUUUGGCUGAAGAAUGUGUGGAUGCGAUUGCAGAUUUUGUUAAAGAUGUUCUUCCUGAAGAUAAUCUUGCACCUGGCUCAUAUUAUGAGGUACAAAAAUUGGUCGCUGGUCUUGGCUUACCAUAUCAGGUGAUAGAUGUAUGCAUCGAUAACUGCAUGAUUUACUGGAGAGCAGAUGAGAACAGGGAGAGAUGUAAAUUCUGUCGGAAACCUCGUUAUCAAGAUACGACUGGAAGAGUUUCGGUGCCAUACAAACGAAUGUGGUAUUUGCCGUUGACUGAAAGAUUAAAGAGGUUAUAUCAGUCUGAACGAACAGCAGAACCAAUGAGAUGGCAUGCUGAGCACUUAACAAAUGGUGAGAUAACACAUCCUUCCGAUGCAGAGGCGUGGAAGCAUUUUCAAUCAACAUAUCCAGAAUUUGCAUCUGAGGUAAGAAAUGUGUAUCUUGCAUUAUGCACAGAUGGUUUCAGUCCAUUUGGAAAGCAUGGAAGACAAUAUUCAUUGUGGCCGGUAAUCUUGACACCUUACAACUUACCACCACAUUUGUGUAUGCGACGGGAGUUUUUGUUCCUCUCAAUUCUCGUUCCCGGGCCAGAUCAUCCUAAGAGAUCACUGGAUGUGUUUCUUCAGCCAUUGAUAUAUGAGCUGCAAUUAUUAUGGGAGCACGGUGUUCAUACAUACGAUGUUUCGCGGAAAGAGAAUUUUCAGAUGCGAGCAGUACUUAUGUGGACAAUAAGUGAUUUUCCAGCAUAUGGUAUGUUAUCUGGAUGGACCACGCAUGGGAGGCUAUCAUGUCCUUAUUGCCAAGACAACACAGAUGCUUUCCAACUAAAAAAUGGUCGGAAAUCGUGUUGGUUUGACUGUCACAGGAGAUUUCUACCACACGAUCAUCCAUAUCGUAAGAGUAAGACAUUGUUUACAAAGAACAAGAGGGUGUUUGACAGUCCACCUGAAGAAGUAAGUGGCAAAAAGUUGAAGGAACAAUUAAGAGAUUUUGGUGCAGAUAGAACGGCAGACGUGGGUGGAAACGGACAUGAACCGAUUUAUGGUGUAGGGGAAAAUCAUAAUUGGCAUAAGAAGAGUAUCUUCUGGGAUUUGCCCUAUUGGGAGACUCAUUUGUUGCGGCACUGUUUAGAUGUCAUGCAUAUUGAGAAGAACUUUUUCGACAAUUUGAUGAACACCAUCCUUGAUGUCCAAGGCAAGACGAAGGAUAACUUGAAGUCAAGACUGGAUUUGGUUGAUAUUUGUGCUCGUCCCGAACUUCAUGUUGAUGAGCACGGUAAAGGUCCUAUUCCCAUAUAUCGACUGGAUGCAACUGCAAAAGAAGAGUUUUUUGAUUGGAUAACACACAGUGUUAAAUUUCCAGACGGUUAUGCAUCAAGUUUGCGUAAUUGUGUUGACAAAAGUGAAGGGAAGUUUACUGGCUUGAAGAGCCAUGAUUGUCAUGUAAUGAUGCAGCGCCUCCUUCCUUUUGCGUUUUCCGCACUAUUGCCACGAAAUGUCCACGAAGCAAUCGCAGGGAUAAGUGCUUUCUUCCGUGAUUUAUGCUCGAGAUCACUCACAUCAGAUGGUAUCCGCAAUUUGGAAGUUAAAAUACCGGUGAUCCUAUGCAACCUCGAGAAGAUAUUUCCUCCAUCAUUUUUUGAUGUUAUGGAGCAUCUUGCUAUUCAUCUUGCGAGAGAAGCGGCACUCGGUGGUCCCGUGCAGUACAGGUGGAUGUAUUUGUACGAACGGUUUAUGUUUCAUCUGAAGAAGAAGGUCAAGAAUUUAAGCAAGGUGGAGGGAUCAAUAGUGGCUCAGUGCAUCAAUGAGGAAACCUCAAACUUUGCUGAAUACUACUUUCCAUCAGAAGUUCGAACAAAAAGUCGAAGACCUGCACGGCAUGAUGAUAGAGGUGAAAGGGCAACUUAUUAUGUUUAUGUGCCAAACAUGUUUACACAAAUUGGACGACAUAGUGGAAAGUCAACGGACCGGAUACUUACCGUAGCUGAGCAUGCUCAUUUGCACACAUAUUUGCUUACAAACUGCGAAGACAUUCUUGAAUAUGAGAGUAUUUACUUGGCAGAGAUGCGCUUAAAGUACCCGGAUGCGACAGAAGAACAACUCGAACAACUCAAGCAAAACAACUUUGCAACAUGGCUUUCUGAUUAUGUAAGCCAUUGUUUAGCUAUUGGGCACCCACCUAAAGAUUGGUUACGUGAGAUAGUUUGUGGUCCAAAGUUUGUUGCAAAGUCAUAUCCGAGAUAUUGCACACGAGGAUAUGCAUUCAGAGUUCUUAAGGAAAAUACUGUAAGGAGAACAAUUGAUUGUGGGGUUUCUUCGUCAUCCGGAGACGAUGUCUACUACGGUAACGUACGCGAGAUUUUGGAAAUUCAGUACCCGGGAAUGAUUGGCAUGAGAUGUAUUGUCUUCAACUGUGAGUGGUACGACAACGUUGUUGGUCGCGGAGUAAGCACUGACGCAUUCGGUGUUACAUCUGUACAUUCGCGACGACGACUGGAUUUUUACGAUCCAUUCAUUCUUGCUUCACAAGCUGACCAGGUUUGCUAUAUUCGUUAUCCGCGGAUUAGGCAAAGGAACGAUCCUUGGAUCGUUGUCAUGUCAAUAAAUCCCAGAAGCCGAGUACAAGGAGUAUUUGAUCCACUACAACAACAAUUAACCGAAGAGGACGGCGAGAUUGGAGAGUUUGACGAAGACAAUUCAGAUUCAUCAUGUUCAUCAUCAGAUAAUUCCUCAGAUGGAGAGUAGAUACUCUUUUAUGAAUGUAUAUGCAAAUUACUUUUAAACAUUGUAGAUUUCUUCUAAAAACAAAUUAUGGGUUUGAAACGUUGUAUACUUUUAAAUUACAAAAAAUAAAUUAGAUUUGUUGAUUCUAAAAUCGAACGGUUUUGAUUGAUUGAUUAUAUACGGUUUUGAUUGAAUGGUUAUAUAUAUGUCAUGUUCAAAGUUAAAAAAAAAUCAAACUGAAACUCUAAAUUGAUAAUGUCCGUCGGUUUUCCGUCGGAAUUUACCGACGCAUUUCCGACGAAACCCUAGAAUUUGAGGGUUUCGUCGGAAAUGCAUCGGUAAAUACCGACGGAAUACCGAUGAACCCCUCAAAUUCUAGGGGUUCGUCGGUAUUCCGUCGGUAUUUACCGACGCAUUUCCGACGAACCCCUCAAAUCCUAGGGGUUCGUCGGAAAUGCGUCGGUAUAUACCGACAGAAUACCGACGGACAUUAUCAACUUAGAGAGUUUCGGUUUUUUACAAAUAUGAUUUUUUUUGCACUUGUAUUAAAUAUCAUAUAUAACAUCAGACAACAAAUCUACCCAUUGUAUUCUCACAGUUUUAAAACUUUGAACAUGACAUAUAUAUAUAAUCAUUCAAUCAAAACCAUAUAUAAUAAAUGAAUCAAAACCGUUCGAACAACAUCAUACACUUUUAAGUUGGCUUGUGCCAGUUCUCAGAAGUUGUAGCACUCAAACAAAUCUAGAACAUUUUUUUAGAAUGUUUUAUGAUUAUAUAACAUAAUAUAUUGGUUUUAGAAAGUUUUAUAACAAAUAUAAAUAAUUUCGACACCCUGUGUAAACUCUAAAACUUAAUCCGUCGGUAUCUCGUCGGAAUAUUCCGACAAAUUACCGACGGAAUUAACUAUACCGACGAAGAACAGACGGAUAAGGUCGUCGAUAUUUAAAAAAUUACACGGGUCAAGCUGUACCGCGCAAAAUUUUGGUAAACCGCCAAUAUUAAAAAACCGACGGAUUUCCGACGGGUAGAUAAAAUACCGACGGAAAAAACCCGUCGGUUAUCCGUCGGUUCAUUAAAUGAAUACAUAAGAGAAAAUCUCUUCUUUUUCCUCAUUUCUUCCCCGUUUUCUCUCUCUCUCCGCCCAGCCCCUCCUCCUCCCUCGCGAUUUCCGGCGAUUCCCUCCUCCUCCCUCGCGAUUUCCGACGUAAUCCCCCAAAUUCGACCUCCUCUUUCACCCAGUCAUGGAUGAACCACCUCCUCUUAUAGUUAGACGUCGUUUUCGCCGGGGUACUUCUUCAGUCACUCAGAGUACGUCACCCGCUAGUAGCCCAGUUGCAGCUACCACUCCUCCAGCAGCCCCCACCCCUCCAGCAGCCCGCACCCCCCCCCCCUUCUGUAGCUUCCGGCCCUUCUCAAAGUUCAAGAGGAGGAGGAUUGCCUACUACGAUGACUGUUGCGGAGUUAGUUAGGCAACCUGGCCGAGAAUCGCUUCAGCGCCUUGAUCCAAAUUAUCUUAUUGUCCCAAACACCACUUGGUAAGUAUUUGUUUUAAAAGGUUCUUUCAUUUUAUAUUCAUCUUUUACAUUUAAUUGUGUUUGGUUUUAUUUCGUAGGUUUGAUUUGUCUGGCAAUGGUAUCACCAACAGCCUUCUUAGGAUGGAGUACACGAUGCUAAAGCGUGGUUAUCCAACUUUCUAUGACAUGCCUGCAGAAGAUCAAGAACUUUGGUUUCGGCAAUUUGCGGUAUAUGUUCUCAAUUUUUAAUAUUAUAAAUUUUUUUCCACCAAUUGUAACUUUCUAAAAAAAAAUUUAUAUUUAUUUUGCAGCAAGAGUUCACUUGGGAAUCAGGGAUUACCGAACAAGUGAAAAUUGUUUUCCGCCGCAAAGCAGCUUCGCACUACACCAAGCGGAUCAAUGAGUGGAAGCAAAAAUUCGAUGUUGGUGAGGUCCCGAAGCACAUCAACCCAGACGUUUGGCGGGAUUUGUGUGGUCAUUGGACGAAAGAUGAGACAAAGUCUUUGUCGACAAUCAACUCGCAAAAUCGGUGUAGCAGCCGUGGCGGGAAAGGGAUGUUUGUCCACAACUUAGGGGCAACAAGUUUACAGACCCGAGCACUUCAGCUAGUAAGUUUCUAAUCUGAUUUUCUUAUUCAUUUUUAAAUAUGUGAUACUAAAUAUAUUGUUUUUAGAUGAAGGAAAACGGUGGAGUUCCCGUAGAUGAUUUUACCCUGAUGAAGAAUGCCUAUACCAACAAGAAGACUGGCGUGAUUCAGGAUGGACUUAUUCAGGACGUAAUCCAGGUCGUGGAAAAUCGAAAAGAGGAUCUCCUCGCGACUCAAGCUUCUAUGUGUGAAGAAGGCGAUUCUGCAUCUUCCAACUCCUUAACCGUAGAGCAACUCAACAACCUUGUUCUCGAGGUACAUUCUAAUUUCUUUUUGCUAUGUAUGUGUGAUAUGUGUGUGUGCGUGAGUAUGUGUGUGAUAUGUAUUUGUUAUUUCUCAUUCAGGCUGUUCCAAGGAAAAAGGGCCGUUAUGUUGGAUUGGCUCGUUCGACCGGAGGGGCUUCUUCUUCUUCUUCAGCUCACUAUCCACUGGUUCAUGAGCUUAUGGAGCAGAUUAAGACCAAAGAUACGGAGAUUGAGUUCCUCAAGAAUGACAAUGCUGAAAUCCGGGUUGAGCUGCAGCAAAACCGAACGACUAUGGAGCAAAACAAUGUUCUCACCCAGACCUUGUUGCAGAAGUUUAGGAGCCGAUUCGGUGAAGACUUUUAGUUGUUUUUUUAAUUU